AUGAAGGAAACCGCUGAAGCCAACUUGGGUAAGCCAGUCAAGAACGCCGUUGUCACCUGUCCAGCUUACUUCAACGAUGCCCAAAGACAAGCUACCAAGGAUGCUGGUAAGAUUGUCGGUUUGAACGUCUUGAGAGUUGUCAACGAACCAACUGCUGCUGCUUUGGCCUACGGUUUGGAAAAGAACGAUGGUGAAGUUGUCGCCGUCUUCGAUUUGGGUGGUGGUACUUUCGAUAUCUCCAUCUUGGACAUUGGUGCUGGUGUUUUCGAAGUUAAGUCCACUAACGGUGACACUCACUUGGGUGGUGAAGAUUUCGAUAUCGCUGUUGUCAGAAACAUCGUUGAAACCUUCAAGAAGGAAUCCGGUAUUGACUUGGAAAAGGACAGAAUGGCCAUCCAACGUAUCAGAGAAGCUGCUGAAAAGGCCAAGAUUGAAUUGUCUUCCACCGUUUCUACUGAAAUUAACUUGCCAUUUAUCACUGCCGAUGCUUCCGGUCCAAAGCACAUCAACCAAAAGAUCUCUAGAUCUCAAUUCGAAAGUUUGGUUGAACCAUUGGUCAAGAGAACUGUUGACCCAUGUAAGAAGGCCUUGAAGGAUGCUGGUUUGUCUACUUCUGACAUUUCCGAAGUCAUCUUGGUUGGUGGUAUGUCUAGAAUGCCAAAGGUUAUUGAGACCGUCAAGUCCAUCUUCGGUAAGGAACCAUCCAAGGCUGUCAACCCAGAUGAAGCUGUCGCUAUGGGUGCCGCUAUUCAAGGUGGUAUCUUGGCUGGUGAAGUCACUGACGUUGUCUUGUUGGAUGUUACCCCAUUGUCCUUGGGUAUUGAAACCAUGGGUGGUGUUUUCGCUAGAUUGAUCUCUAGAAACACUACUAUUCCAGCCAAGAAGUCUCAAAUUUUCUCCACUGCUUCUGCUGGUCAAACCUCUGUUGAAAUCAGAGUCUUCCAAGGUGAAAGAGAAUUAACCAGAGACAACAAGUUGAUUGGUAACUUCACUUUGUCUGGUAUUCCACCAGCUCCAAAGGGUGUCCCACAAAUUGAAGUCACCUUCGACAUUGACACUGAUGGUAUCAUCAAGGUCUCUGCUCGUGACAAGGCUUCUAACAAGGAUGCUUCCAUCACCGUUGCUGGUUCUUCCGGUUUGUCUGAUGCUGAAAUCGAACAAAUGGUCAACGAUGCUGAAAAGUUCGCUGAAUCUGAUAAGGCUAGAAGAGAAGCCAUUGAAAACGCCAACAGAGCUGACCAAUUGUGUAACGACACUGAAAACUCGUUGAACGAAUUCAAGGACAAGUUGGAAACCGCCGAUGCUGACAAGGUCAGAGAACAAGUUGCCUCUUUGAGAGAAAUCGUUACCAAGGCUCAAGCCGGUGAAGAAGUUGACGCUGCUGAAUUGAAGACCAAGACUGAAGAAUUGCAAAACGAAUCCUUGAAGGUCUUCGAAAAGUUGUACAAGAACAACGAAAACAACAACGAAACUCCAAGUUAUCCAGGUUUCUUGAGUCAGGGGCAAAGUCAACUGGGAUGCAAUCAAAAUUGGAGAACUUGCUUAGAAUAG